UUCACCAUCUUCAACAUCAAAUCCGACCAAGAUUCCGGCGAGCCGCCGCCGUCCAGUGACAAGACCCGCCGGCAGCUUCCACAGCCCGCAGCACCGCGCUAAUUCCGCCAGCAGCUCGCCUCAGUCCGAGCUCGCAGCUCCCAGCUUCUCUCACAGAUCCGCAGCCCUCACGCCGGCAAGCUCGCGCACCUCUCGUCGUUCUCAGCUUCGGCGACCUCCUUCCCAGCUCCGACGACCACCUCAGCCGAGUUUUGGUUGCUCAGCCUCAGCCCGGGCAAACCAAGCUCACCAUCCUCGAGCUCGCAGCUCCGCCACCAGCAGCCGCCGUCGUUCGCGACCAACUCUUCCCCGCGCGCGCCUUGAAGCUCCUAGUCCCGUAGCUCCCAUUCCCGGCGACGCAACCACCAGCUCGCCACCCACAGCUCAGCCAUGCUCUUCUGGCGACUCAAGCUCAAGAUCCAGCCACCUCUGUCCGCGACCCACAUCUCCUUCACGACCCCAGCCCGGUUCACGUCCGUACAACCUGCGAACCAGCACCUUCGAGCCAGACAACAGUAAGUUCACGGCCAGCCACCAACUUUUUCUGGCAAUUUCACGCCACCGGACCCGCGGCUGCU